UCCUGUUCCCUGGCAGAAUGAGGAAAGGAGGAAGAGGGCUCAGGAGAAGCCAUCAGAUCUUGUCCCAUAUUUGGUGUCUGCUUUUCCCGGCCCGUCAGGGAAGGACCAUGUGCCAGGGGUCACUGUCAUUCAGAGACGUGGCCGUGGGCUUCACCCGAAAGGAAUGGCAGCAGCUGGACCCCACACAGAGGACACUGUACCGGGACGUGAUGCUGGAGAACUACAGCCACCUGGUCUCAGUGGGGUGUCAAGUCACCAAACCAGCUGUGAUCUCCAGGUUGGAGCAAGGGCAAGAACCAUGGAUGGAGGAGGAAGAAAUCCUCAGAUGGAGCUUUCCAGAAGAAAUUUUGCAAGUUGACCGCCCAGUAGGUAGACAACAGGAACACCAAGACAAACUUCUGAGGCACAUUACAUUCCUAGACAAGCAAGAACCAACCAAGAAAGGGCACCACGAGUGUAACACAAUUGAAAAGACAGUCUGUCAGGACACAGACCUUGCUCCUUCAAAACAGCAGGUCCAUACAUGUGACUCAUGUGGAAUGAGUCUGCCGUGCAAAGUGGAUGUUAGUCCCAAUGCCUACCUUGCGAGAAGGAGAUUUGAGUGUGACGGACAGGGGAACUUGUUUCUCUACUCCAAGCUCGAAACUCCCCCUUCCGGAGUGCGGCCUCGUGAGUGUGACCAGUGCAGGAAAGCCCUCCACCAGGACCAGACCCUGAGUGCCCACCGGGGAGCUGGCGGCGCCGAGAGAGCCCACAGGUGCCCGCAGUGUGGGAAAGGCUUCUCCUGUGAAUCGGAACUCAGUGCACACCUGGGGGUACACGGGGGCAAGCAGCCCUCUGUGCACGGGACACAGGGGCUCGGCUGCAGGGUUAGCCGGGGAGGUCACCCCAGAGAGAAACCCAGGGGAGACGGCCACGGCAGGACAACGCCAUCUCAGAAGACGAGCCUGUCGGUGCCUGCUGCAGCUCUUGCUGGAGGAAAGCCCUACAAGUGCUCCGAGUGCGAGAAGAUGUUCUCCCACAAGUCCCGCCUCAUCGAGCACCACCGGUCUCACACGGGGGAGAAGCCCUACGGCUGCAAAGAGUGUGGGAAGUCUUUCUCGCGCAAGUCGUGCCUCAUCAUCCACCACCGCAUCCACACCGGGGAGAAGCCCUAUGGCUGCGGCGAGUGUGGGAAGGCCUUCUUCCAGAAGUCGCACCUCAUCCUGCACCAGAGGACUCACACGGGCGAGAAGCCGUACAAGUGCAGCGAGUGUGGGAAAGCCUUCUCGCAGAACUCCUGCCUCAUUAUACACAAGCGAACUCACAUGGGCAAGAAGCCCUACGAGUGCUCCGAGUGUGGGAAGACCUUCUCCCAGAAGGCCAACCUCAUCCGCCACCACAGAAUCCACACCCGGGAGAAGCUGAAGUCCAGUGCCAUGGGUGUGCAAGGGAUGCAUACCGAGGGCGCGCUGCACAUCCCGAUUCCGCAGCGUGUAGAUGGCGGGGUAGAGCAGCGGUGUGAAGCUGAUGUAGAUGAGCGAGACAAGCUUGUCCUCCUCGAGGGAGCGGCCGCUCAGGGGCCUGGCGUACAUGGCUGUGGCGCAGCCGUAGUGAAGCACAGCCACCGUGAGGUGCGACGCCAUGGUGUUGAAGGCCUUGUGGCGGCCUGCAGGCCCCCCAGCGCCCAGGAUGACCACCAGCACCCUGAUGCCAGCACCAACACCGCCGGGAGGUCACAGAAGACGUGGUUGACUGAGGCCCCCUGGCAGAAGGGCAGCUGGAAAAUGGCCGUGGUGAGCCCCAAGGCCAGGACAGAGCCCCCAGCACAGCAGGAGGAGGCUGCUGGUGCCUCGAGGCCAUUUCUACAGAGCCCACGCCAACGCACCGCCUGUGAACCGCGAACCCCGUCCCUGACCAUCUGCUGUGUGACGGCGAGUGGGCCACCACGUAUCAGUCUGGUUCCUCCCCUAUCCACAAGCGCCCGACCUACCCCGUCGGGACCCGCCGAGCUGCCCCAAGGCUCCCGAAGGCUCCGGGACGGAGGCUGCUCCUCCUCCGCCUCCCGGGGCCGCCGUUCCCGGGGAGCCGGUUCUGGGCCUACGGGACAAACCCACUUCGGGCCGACGACCCUCUCCGGGCCCGAAUUGGCCGCCCGGGGCCACGCCGUCCCGCAGUCGCAGACGGGCCGGGCCCUGGCCUCGCCGCCCAGCGCCGCCGCCGCCCGCCCGGCCCCUCCGGCCCAGCCCGCGGGCUCCGGGCGCCGCCGCCGCCCGCCCGGCCCCUCCGGCCCAGCCCGCGGGCUCCGGGGCUCGCGCUCGGGGGUCCCCGCUCGAGCCCCCGCCCGGCCCGCGCGGACCUGCGCCCGCACAGCCCCGCGCCCGCUGGGUGCCGGCCCGGCCGCACGGCGUGUAACCCCGCAGGCCCCGGGAUCCUCGCCCGCCGGAGGCCGAAGCCUGGGAACCACGGCGAGCGGCGACCUGGGCUCGGACAGGAAGCGAGAGCAGCGCGGCGGCACUGCGCGUGCGCGAACACGCACACAGGCCGAGCUGCACAUGCGCAGGACAGCGGCGGCCGUGCGCCUGCCGGAGCCCACCCAGGGAGCCGGACAAAUACCCCGACCUCUGUUUCCCUCCCCCGGAAGGAAGAGGAGAAGGGAUGAGUCAGAUGAGGAGACAGCCUCGGGGGCUGAGGACAUCUGGGUCGUGGAGACACUGUGUGGACUCAAGAUGAAGUUGAAGAGACAGCGGGUGUCUUCAGUGCUCCCUGAGCACCACGAGGUCUUCAACAGGCUGCUCGAGGAUCCUGUCAUUAAAAGAUUUCUGGCCUGGGACAAAAAUUUUAGAGUAUCUGACAAGGAGCGGUACAUGUUCCUGCUCCACAGGGAGACAGGUGUGUGCACAGACAAGCUGAAGCGAAGGGGCAGGUGUGGGGAUGGGAAAACAGGGCAGGAUAUGCCCGCAGGCUUCCCGGUGAGUUCUAUCUUCAUCCUCAAGAUGGGAGAAGUCUCUGCCCCGCCGUGCCUUCCUGAUGACUGGGUGGCGCUCUGUGACACGGGCUACCUGGCCAAUGACAUGGAAGAGGAUAACCAGGCCCCCAAACAGGCCAUCUUUUCAUUCCUCUAUGGGAAGAACCGCUCCCAGCGUCCCUUGUUCCACAAACUGCGAUUCCAAUUCAUCCGAUCCAUGGGCUGGAAGACCAGGGUGUCCCGGGAAGAGUGUGAAGAGAUCCAGGCUUUUGAUCCAGAGCUGUGGAGUCCUAGUAUUUGUCGGGCUUCCCGGGUGGGCUCCGGCAGGCGCACCGCCGCCACCGUCCAGCGCAUGUGCAGCUCGGCCUGUGUGCGUGUUCGCGCACGCUCAGUGCCGCCGCGCUGCUCUCGCUUCCUGUCCGAGCCCAGGUCACCGCUCGCCGUGGUUCCCAGGCUUCGGCCUCCGGCGGGCGAGGAUCCCGGGGCCUGCGGGGUUAUACGCCGUCCGGCCGGGCCGGUACCCAGUAGGCGCGGGUCCGCGCGGGCCGGGCGGAGGUUCGAGCGGGGACCCCCAAGCACGAGCCCCGGAGCCCGCGGGCUGGGCCGGAGGGGCCGGGCGGGCGGCGGCGGCGGCGGCGCAGGGCGGCGAGGCCAGGGCCCGGCCGGUCUGCGACUGCGGGACGGCGAGGCUCCGGGCGGCCAAUUCGGGCCCGGAGAGGGUCGUCGGCCCGAAGUGAGUUUGUCCCGUAGGCCCAGAACCGGCUCCCCGGGAACGGCGGCCCCGGGAGGCGGAGGAGGAGCAGCCUCCGUCCCGAAGCCCUCGGGAGCCUUGGGGCAGCUCGGCGGGUCCCGACGGGGUCAGCCUCCACUUUCACUGUCCUCCCUGUUUUUCCAAGAGUGGCAGAAAAUGAGUAAAUCUGUGGGGCCAGUGUCAUUCAGGGAUGUGGCCGUGGACUUCACCCAGGAGGAGUGGCAGCAGCUGGAGCCUGAGCAGAAGACCACGUACCGGGAUGUGAUGCUGGAGAACUACAGCCAUCUCGUCUCCGUGGGCUGUCACAUUAUCAAACCGGAAGUUAUCAUCAAGUUGGAGCAAGGAGAAGAGCCAUGGAUAGUAGAAGGAGCAUUCCUACCACAGAGUUACCCAGAAGAACUCUGGAAAGCCAAUGAUCUGGGAGAAAGAGUCCAGGAAAAUGAAGGCAAAUAUUCAAGGCAAGCUGUAUCCAUCAGCAACAAAACCCCGAUUGAAGAGAGAGGUAAUGUUCUUGGUAAGACUUUUAAUGUGGAAACGAACCCCGUUCCUUCAAGAAAAAUGUCCUAUAAGUGUGACUCAUGUGAAAAGAGUUUGAAAUCUAUUUCAGAGUAUAUUAGUAGUGAUGGCAGCUAUGCAAGAAUGAAGCCCGACGAAUGUAGUGCGUGUGGGAAACUACUUCCCCACGUUAAACUUGAGAAAACUCAUCCAGGAGAUGAAUCUUACGAAUUUAAUCAAAAUGGGGGAGGUUAUAGUCUAAAUGAAGAAAGUAUUUAUCAGAACAUUCAUAUUUUGGAGAAACCCUUUGAAUAUAUUGAAUGCCAGAAAGCCUUUCAGAAGGAUGCGAUUUUUGUUAAUCACAUGGAGGAGAAGCCCUAUAAGUGGAAUGAAUCUGAAAUAGCCUUUCUGCAAAUGUCCAACCUCAGCGUACACCAGAGGUCUCAUAUGGAAUUGAAGCCCUAUGAAUGCAGUGCAUGUGGGAAAUCCUUCUGUAAAAAGUCAAAGUUUAUCAUCCAUCAGAGGACUCACACAGGAGAGAAACCUUAUGAAUGUAAUCAGUGUGGGAAAUCCUUCUGCCAGAAGGGGACCCUCACCGUCCAUCAGCGCACACACACCGGGGAGAAGCCCUACGAAUGUAACGAAUGUGGAAAAACCUUCUACCAGAAGUUACACCUCAUUCAACAUCAGAGAACUCACUCAGGAGAGAAGCCCUAUGAAUGUAGUUACUGUGGAAAAUCCUUUUGCCAGAAGACGCACCUCACACAACACCAGAGAACACAUUCAGGAGAGAGACCCUACGUUUGUCAUGACUGUGGAAAAACCUUCUCCCAGAAGUCCGCACUUAACGACCACCAGAAGAUCCACACGGGCGUGAAACUCUACAAGUGUAACGAAUGUGGGAAGUGCUUCUGCCGCAAGUCUACGCUCACCACGCAUCAGAGGACGCACACCGGGGAGAAGCCGUACGAAUGUAACGAGUGUGGGAAAUUCUUCUCGCGGCUCUCGUACCUCACCGUGCACUACCGGACUCACUCGGGAGAGAAGCCGUACGAGUGCACCGAGUGUGGGAAGACCUUCUACCUGAACUCAGCCCUCAUGAGACACCAGCGAGUGCACACCGGAGAGAAGCCGUACGAGUGCACUGAGUGCGGGAAGCUCUUCUCUCAGCUCUCGUACCUCACCAUCCACCACCGGACUCACUCGGGAGUGAAGCCGUACGAGUGCACCGAGUGCGGAAAGACCUUCUACCAGAACUCAGCCCUCUGCCGACAUCGGAGGAUACAUAAAGGAGAGAAGCCCUACGAGUGUUACAUAUGUGGGAAGUUCUUCUCCCAGAUGUCGUACCUCACCAUCCACCAUCGAAUUCAUUCCGGAGAGAAGCCCUAUGAAUGUAAUGAGUGUGGGAAAACCUUCUGCCAGAAUUCAGCCCUUAACAGACACCAGAGGACACACACGGGGGAGAAAGCCUACGAGUGUUACGAGUGUGGCAAGUUCUUCUCUCAGAUGUCGUACCUCACCAUCCACCACCGGAUCCACUCGGGAGAGAAGCCCUUUGAAUGUAACGAGUGUGGGAAAGCCUUCUCCCGGAUGUCAUACCUCACAGUACACUACAGGACUCAUUCCGGAGAGAAGCCCUACGAAUGUAACGAGUGUGGGAAGAAAUUCUACCACAAAUCAGCCUUCAAUAGCCAUCAGAGGAUUCACAGGAGAGGGAAUGUGAACGUACUGGACGUGGGGAGGCUUCUCUGA